AUGCAUUUCCAUCUGAAACGAGCCCUGCUGCAGGCUUCCGCCGCCGUCCAGCGGACGGCGCGCGGCGGCGACCGCCGGCAGAUGGGCUCCGCUUACUACGGCGUCGCCGCCGGCGGGGUGGCGGAGAAGGCGAAGUUGAGGGGCGUUGUGUUCGACAUGGACGGGACGCUGACGGUGCCGGUGAUCGACUUCGGGGCCAUGUACCGGGAGGUGCUGGGGGAGAAUACCUAUAUCGCCAUGAGGUCGAGGAACCCCAACGGCAGCAUCGACAUCCUCCACCACAUCGAGACCUUGUCGCCACCGGCGCAGAAGAAGGCCUACGAGGUCAUCGCCAGCUUCGAGCGCCAGGCCUUGGAACGCCUCGAGAUCAUGCCGGGUGAGCGUGCCAUCUCCUCGUCUUCCUCCUCAGCCCUCGCGUCUCCUUCUACCUACUCGAAAUAGCAGCGGAUGAACGCGCGAGCAAGAUGAUGAAGGGGGGGGUCGAUUUCUCCCGAAUCCUCGAUAAUUUCCUGGUGUCGAUCGAAUUAUUAUCUACACUUGAAUGCGUGCGACGGACUGUGCCAUGGGGAUCCGGAUGCGGACUAAGGAUCUGUCGCUCCCCCGUCUCAAUAAAAAAAAAAGGGGCGAUCGGGCCUGUCGAAUGCAAGAGAUCCAUCGCCCGUUCCGUGAUGUUUCAGAAAUUUUGAAAUGUCCGGACAUUGGAACAAUCCUCGAUAUCUUGUGGACGUUCAGCUGACUUUGAUCCUAGGUAUUACUGCCCGCAAACUGGUGUGAUUUCCUUGGUGAUUCAUGGCUUCAAGCUUGAGAAAAACUUCCUCCGAAAAGUCUGACAGAAACAGCUUCCCCUUCUCCUGUCACAUUUACCAUGAUGGAUAUGAGGGAUGUUUCAUCUAUGCUAUAGAUGAUGAACAUGUUCCAAUUAUCAGAACUCGAGAGGGUUUCUUAGUUCUUCUGAUUUCCAACAUCUUUUCGUCUUCUUUUCUAUAAACCGCCAGCAUUAACAACGUGGAGUGACAAUUAUGCAGGUGCUGCAGAGCUCUGCGGGUUUCUGGAUUCUCGGAAGCUAAGGUGAGCUCGCUGUAACUCUUAAAUGCUCCAUAUGAAUCGUCCUAUUCUGCCCUGCCUUUUCCUACUUCACCACUCAAUUUUUUUUCUUUCUUUCUCUGGACAAUGGGCGCAAUCUCUUGUAUACCCAGGAGGAAAAGAGCUUUCUUUUUGUUUAAUUUAUAGCUGAUGGAUGGUUUAAAGACUUGUGAGCAUCUGUUUAUGCUACUAUGAUCUACGGGAGGCAUCGAUUUUUAUGUGACCACCCUGACUUCAUUAUCUUGAGAGGGCUACAGCUGGGAGAUGGAUCGCCUCCUGAAUGAUUCCAGAUUAGAUAGCCUGCAUUAAAUUCAGAUCCCCCCUCAUAAGAACAAGGCUGCAUCCGAGUUUUGUUCGGUAUAGAAUGAGGGCGUAGUUCAUCUUCUGACUCGAUAGCUGGUAUGAUUUCUAUUUCUGACUGCCCUCACAGGAGGGGAUUGAUCACCCGCAACGUCAAGCAGUCUGUCGACAUAUUUCAUGUUCGAUUCGGGGUAAGUUUCUUGGCUUUACUGAAAAAAUUCCGUGUGAAAUCCCCCUCGCUUGAGGGUAUGCUGCUAGCCGGAGGGCCUUGGAAACUUUGGCUUUGGGUGUCUCAUAGUUAUAGCUUUUGCAGAUGGAAUUCAACCCGGCGCUUAGCAGGGAGUUCCGACCGUACAAGCCUGAUCCGGCUCCACUGCUGCAUAUCUGUGCGAAGUGGGAUGUCCAGCCAACUGAAGUGAUGAUGAUUGGCGACAGCCUUCACGAUGAUGUGAGUGGAACCCCCGACCGACUUUGGAUUCUUGGUUGCUGCAUCCAUUCACUUAUGUUUCAGAAAUGGGUCGAUGAAAAAAUGGCGCCUUUAUUUUUCUGAACUGUACAAGAUAAGAUCAAAAGACCUCCGAUUUAACAUAAAAGGUCAACCCACUGUGGCUCCCCUCUCCCCCAUCAUGCCCACUGUAAGUAGCCUAAAGCCCAGUUGGGGUCCAGGCUCCCAGAUAGAGAACUCUCAUCGCUCAUGUGGGAGACAAGAAGGUCGUGCCAUAGCUGGUGCGGUAAGAAAGCUUUGGACACGUUGGGUGCUGAAGAUGCCAGGCCCAGAAACCUGCAAGUAUAUAUUGCUCAUUAUGGUAGUCAAGUUCCUUUGCAGUGUUUUGCUCAUUUUUAAUCUGUUGACCUUAUUUUCAUUUGGUUAGAGUUAAGUUUCCUGAAUCUCACCGGAAUAAGUGAGAUGAUAUGCACCGAGAGUCAAUGACGAGCUUUGAACAGGUGGUGUGUGGGAAGAGAGCGGGGGCUUUUACCUGCCUUCUGGACGAAUCCGGGAGAUACGGCGCCCACGAGUCCCUGAGCGAGGGUCUGAGGCCGGAUUUCAAGGUCUCUUCUCUUGUUGAAGUGCUCUCGCUCUUGGAAGCCCAUUUCGAGCUGACUCCACACUCUCAGAUCGACCGGGAGAAGAUUAGCGGUGCGGGUCGUUGA